AUGUCAAAAUCUAGAUACAUUGAACUUUACACACAUGUUUAUAAUUAUUGCACGAGCGUUCAUCAGCAUCAUCGUGCUGCAGCAUGCAGAACGAAAAAAAUAUUAUAUUCCGGAGGAGCACAACUCGUCGGAUUAGAAUUAUAUAAACGUCUUAGAGAAUAUUUAAAAACAUAUUUAAUAGAACUUUUAAAUGCUGGCAUUAAGUUAAUGGAUGAAGAUGUAUUAACGUUUUACACGAGAGAAUGGGACGAAUAUCAAUUUAGUUCUAGAGUUUUGCACGGGGUUUGCUCUUAUUUAAAUAGACAUUGGGUUCGUAGGGAAUGCGAAGAAGGAAGUAGAGGGAUAUGUGGAAUAUAUCAGGCGGCAUUGAUCACAUGGAGAGAUUAUUUAUUCAAACAUUUAAAUAAACAGGUGACCAAUGCGGUUUUGAAAUUAAUUGAAAAAGAAAGAAAUGGCGAAACUAUAAACACUCGUUUAAUUAGUGGAGUUAUUAAUUGCUACGUUGAAUUGGGAUUAAACGAAGAUGAAUCGAAUCCGAAAGGACGUAGUCUUAGUGUAUAUAAAGAAUCAUUUGAAAAUGCUGAGCAAAGAUUGCAAGAAGAGAAAAAACGUGUUAGAGUUUAUUUACAUAUGACCACAAUGGAGAGACUGUCGAAAACAUGCGAAAGAGUUCUUAUUGAAAAACACAUGGAAAUAUUUCAUUCGGAAUUUCAACAUUUGCUCUAUGCGGAUAAAAAUGAAGAUUUGGGUAGGAUAUUCACUUUGGUUGCGAGGAUACCCGAUAGUUUGGGAGAACUUCGAAGUCUUUUGGAAACACACAUUUACAAUCAGGGACUUUCGGCUAUUGACAAAUGCGGGGACGCCGCUUCAAGCGAUCCGAAAAUGUAUGUAAAUACAAUAUUGGAAGUUCAUAAGAAAUACAAUGCUCUCGUACUCACGGCUUUUAACAACGAUUCAGGUUUUGUCGCCGCUUUGGAUAAAGCUUGCGGACGAUUUAUCAACUCUAAUUCCGUAACUAGGCAGGGUAAUAGCUCUUCAAAAUGUCCAGAACUAUUAGCUAAAUAUUGCGAUUUAUUAUUGAAAAAAUCUAGUAAAAAUCCGGAGGAAGCAGAAUUGGAGGAUACGUUAAAUCAAUUGAUGGUUGUUUUUAAAUACAUUGAAGAUAAAGAUGUAUUUCAAAAAUUUUAUAGCAAAAUGCUAGCAAAGAGACUGGUUCAACACAUGAGCGCUUCGGAUGAUGCAGAAGCGAGUAUGAUCUCGAAAUUGAAACAAGCCUGCGGAUUUGAGUAUACGUCAAAAUUACAAAGAAUGUUUCAGGAUAUAGGGGUUUCAAAAGAUUUGAAUGAACAAUUCAAAAAACAUUUGAUAAAUUCAAAUGAGCCGAUCGAUAUUGAUUUUAGCAUACAGGUUUUGUCUUCUGGUUCGUGGCCGCUUCAACAGUGUUUUAUAUUUUCAUUACCGACGGAGCUUGAACGGAGCAUUCAUAGAUUCACUACUUUUUACGGGAGUCAACACAGUGGAAGAAAAUUAAAUUGGUUAUAUAAUAUGUCAAAGGGUGAAAUCGUUACUAAUUGUUUUAAACACAGGUACACUUUGCAAGCUUCGACGUUUCAAAUGGCUGUUCUUUUGCAAUAUAACAUGUCGGAAAGUUGGACGGUUCAACAAUUACAAGAAUCGACUCAAAUAAAAUUAGAUUUUCUCAUUCAGGUUGUUCAAAUUCUUUUAAAGGCGAAGUUACUUCAAUGCGAAGACGACGAAAAUCAACUUCAUAUGAAUUCCGUUCUUUCGCUCUAUACGGGAUAUAACAAUAAAAAACUUAGAGUUAAUAUAAAUAUACCGAUGAAAACGGAAUUGAAAAUAGAACAGGAAACGACGCAUAAACACAUUGAAGAAGAUAGGAAAUUGUUGAUUCAAGCCGCCAUAGUGAGAAUAAUGAAAAUGCGUAAAGUUUUGAAACAUCAACAAUUGGUGGCGGAAGUUUUGAAUCAAUUGAAUUCAAGAUUUAAACCUCGGGUGAACAUAGUUAAGAAAUGCAUAGAUAUAUUAAUCGAAAAAGAAUAUUUAGAAAGAACUGAAGGUCAAAAAGAUACGUACAGUUAUUUGGCGUGA